AUUUCUUUAUCAGUAUCCUAGGAGCUUAUUACACUGCUGUGCAGUAAGAUUAUCAACUUGCAGCUUUCCGUUGAAUUUACUACAAAGACUGAACUGGCUACCUCCCCCCAUUUAAGAUGCCCUUGGUUCGAAUUGAUGUGGUGAAGGGGACGAGGACCCCGGACCAGCUCCAGAGGUUGGCCAACGCGAUCCAGGAGGUCAUGCUCAAGCACUUUGCAGCUCCCGAACGUGACCGCUAUCAGAUAAUCACGCAACACGAAGAGUAUGAGCUCAUCUGCGAAGAUACAAACCUGGGAUAUAAGAGGGGCCGUGGCAUUGUGAUCAUUCAGAUAAUUCAGCAGGGACGAAACAGAGAACAGAAGCAAGCUGCAUUCAAGGCCCUCUAUGAGAAACUUGCAGAAUGCGGUGUGUCUGGAGAGGAUUUGAUCAUCAGUGCGGUGGAGAACACGCCCGAAGAUUGGAGCUUUGGCAUGGGAGAAGCUCAAUUCCUGACAGGGAAGCUCUGAUGAUGACGAGAGCUGGUUUUUAUAUUCUAACCGACCGUGUCAUCUAUCUAAACAAUUAUUUAGAAAGAUAGUAAGACACAGGACGAAGCGUCGUUAGCAGGAGCGUAUUAUAUUAGGGACCGGACUCAGACCGUAGGUAUAAUAAGAUUAUAUUUCAAAUCCUGUCCGCAAAUCAGCAUCUCUUCUUGGCGAGAAACCCAAGAUGAAAGGAUAUGAGUAUGAAAUAAGCUGUGAAGACACAG